AUUCAACGUUUUCUUUUUCAGAAAUGUGCAAACCCCAAGGUAUCAGACAAAAAGUUUUAUACUACUUUUGCAAGGACUUACCCUUCCGAUAUCCAGGUUGUUCGGUCUGUGAUAUCCCUGCUCAAGUACUACAAAUGGAAAAGGUUUUCUGUUAUCUGCGAAGAUUCUCAGCGGUUUUUAACUGUUCUGGAACACUUGGAGCUUCAAGCAAACGCUAACAGUAUGAUACUGAACACAAAGAGUACUUUUGUGAAUAUUAAUCAGUGUCAAGAAGAACGUCUUCCAGACUGUGAACAGCAGUUUCACAACAUCAUCAAAAACACCUACACCAAAACAAGAGUCUACGUGAUGUUGGGCCCAAUGAAGGAGAUGAUCGAGCUAAUGAUCGUUAUGAAGACCAAAGGUCUAUUGGAGAAUGGAGAAUACGUUCUGCUCUAUAUUAGCUACGAAACCUACACAGUGGCUCAAUCACACAACUAUCUCUGGCGUUCAGAUCUUCUGGACAAUGAUGCCAAGGUUGCAAUGCAGGCAGCUCAAUCUUUACUUGUCAUAGUUCCUAGUCCACCAACAGAAGAAAACUACACUAAGUUCAAAGAUAAAGUUCGACUCUACAAUGAACGGCCUCCUUUUAAUUUUGCUUCUCCCAGACCCAAUCUCAAAAAGCACAUUACAGUCUAUGCAGCAUACCUGUAUGACGCAGUGCGACUGUACGUUGAAGCUUUAGCCAAAGUCUUGAAAGCAGAAGGUGACCCAAGGGAUGGCAAGCUAGUCAUCAAACAUAUUAUUGAAAAAAAACGAUAUCCAAGUGUUGCUGGUAUCUGGAUGAACAUAGACGACAAUGGUGACGUAGAGGGAAACUAUACAGUUCUGGCUCGGUUUCGGACACCUAAAGAUGCCACCUUGGUUGGUUUCUAUAACAGAGAGAGUCCUCCUUAUACGAUGCUACCUGUUGGACCCUUCAUUUCUGAUGGCAACGAAACGGUACAGAUGGUGGAACAUUUUCUCUGGCAUUCAGUUAUGUGGCUGGUUGUGACAAAAGUGUAUAAAGAUAUAUAUCCAGAUUUUGACCCAUCUGAUAACAUGUCUAUCACGUGGGUAGGCGGAAAACCACCCUUGGAUGUACCUCCCUGCGGCUAUGAUGGCAGUGAGUGUAGACCACCCCCAGAAAUGACCAGGAAAAUAGUAGCCGCUGUUCUGGCUGUUCUUCUUGCAGUCGUUAUCGUUGUAACGAGAAUUACGUACAGGAACUGGGUUUAUGAGCAGCAGAUAGCUGGCCUUUUGUGGAAAAUUGACCCCCGUGAUCUACGGAAAUAUGGUUUUAAUGAAUUUGUUCUAUCCAAUAGCAGAGCAAGCCUGUUGAGUCAGGUAUCCUUCGAAUCCCGGAUGUAUGGACAAGUCUUCACCCAGACGGCAAUGUACAAAGGAAGUCUUGUUGCUGUGAAACCAUUAAUAUUUAUCCGUAAAUCUGUGGAUAUUCCCAGAGAAACAAAGAAGGAGAUGAAAAUGAUGCGAGAACUUCAUCAUGACAACGUUAAUCAGUUCAUAGGGGCGUGUAUCGAACCCAACAGAUUGAUCAUCGUAACGGAAUACUGUGGACGAGGAAGCCUUCAAGUGAGUUUGAAAUUUAAUAUGCUUUGGAAGGCACCUGAAAUCCUAAGAGACACUUCUCAGUAUCCUAGGGGAACACAGAAAGGUGAUGUCUACUCCUUUUCCAUUAUCUUACAUGAAAUAAUCAGCCGCCAGGGGCCGUUUUCGGGCAGCACAGAUAUACACCCAAAAGAGAUUGUGAAGAAUAUUAAAGAAUACAAAGAAGGGGAGGUCCUCUUCAGACCAGACAUUUCAAUCCUAGAAUGUCAAGACUACAUUGUUCAAACUAUCUGUGAAUGUUGGCAUGAGAAACCAGAAAACAGACCUGACUUCGCCCACAUUCGAGCCAAACUACAGAGAAUGAGGGAGGGCAUGAAGUCUAACAUCAUGGAUAACAUGAUGGACAUGAUGGAGAAAUAUGCUAAUAAUUUGGAGGAGCUGGUGGAGGAACGGACAGCUCAAUUAGUUGAGGAGAAAAAGAAAACUGAAGCCCUCCUACAUCGAAUGUUGCCUAAAUCUGUUGCUGAACAACUAAUGCGUGGUGAGCCAGUCAUACCUGAAAGCUUUGAUGCUGUAACAAUCUACUUCAGUGACAUUGUAGGCUUCACAUCAAUGUCAGCCGAGAGCUCACCGAUGGAAGUGGUGACAUUCUUGAACGACCUGUACACCGUGUUCGAUGCAAUUAUUAGUCACUACAAUGUGUACAAAGUGGAGACGAUCGGAGAUGCAUAUAUGGUUGUCAGUGGACUGCCCAUUCGGAAUGGUGACCAGCAUGCUGGAGAGAUAGCCUCAAUGGCUCUGGAGUUGUUGGAUGCUAUUCGGAGUUUCAAAAUACGACAUCGACCCAACCAGACACUCAAAUUACGAAUAGGAAUUCAUACUGGGCCAGUUGUUGCAGGUGUAGUAGGCCUAACAAUGCCCAGAUACUGUUUGUUUGGAGAUACGGUUAACACAGCUUCACGAAUGGAGUCUAAUGGUGAAGCUUUGAAGAUUCAUGUGAGUCCUCACUGCAAGGUCUUCCUUGAUCGACUUGGAGGGUACACAACUGAGGAGAGGGGCUAUGUUGCCAUGAAGGGUAAAGGAGAAAUUAAGACAUAUUGGUUAUUAGAACACUCUAGUGGCUCUAAACGUCGAAGGGAGGCGAAGGACAUGAUCUUGCCACAAUCACUCUUUUCCUUUGUUCGUGACACGGAAUUUCGACGCCGAAGCCCCAAACUACCACCAGUAGAUACAUCCAGAAGACAUUCUCUCAGGGUUGACCCAAGACAUCUUAGGACACCAGAUGAUGUUUCAAACUCCAACAUCUCUGCCCAAGGUCUUCCUUCAUAUUUUUAUGUGGUUCAGGAUAGCCCUCAUUCACCAAGACGAUCCAGCCCACAGAUACUGAGAAAUAAAUUUAGAAAACUGAAGAGCCAAGAUCGAGAGGAUGUGAGUAUCGAUAGUUCGAUAGAUGCCAAGAUUUCUCCAGAAGCAGCAAACAGUACAACAUCUGAAAGAGAGAAGCACACACCAGCUAACCAAAAUGGUAUAGUAUCAGUAGAUGAAAGUGAUAAAUCAUUACUAGAUCCUGGUGGAGUUAGAUUUGCAAUUCGCCACUCAGUGAAUGAUGAUAGAAAACCUCAUUUCCAAACACCAUUAAUGAGGACUACUUCAAAGCCGUGGCGCUCGUAUGAUGAGAUACUCCAACCAAAUAGGCCGAGGUCAUCAUUGAAAGAUUUUUUCACAGGUCUUCUGAGUGGCAGACUAGUUGAUAGUGAUUCCAAAAAAAUUAGUAAUUCCCUUAUAGCCCAGUGUAAAUCCAUACCUGAACAAGAACUCGAGGAAAGUGUAGUGUGACAACAAAGUCUUACAACAAUGAAAAUCACUAACAUAAAACCUGUCACGUAAUAUUUGGCUAAACACUAGAGCUUAUUUAAUGUUUGAUAUUGCUGAUUCUCUAAGAAGUAUCAAUACUCAAAAAUGAAAGGGGAGGCACUAGCAGUAUAGUGUUCCUAAGUGUUUUACUUGUGGAUACAAAAUACAAACUUUAAGUAAAGAAAACUUAUAUAAAGAAUUUCUAGAUGUCUUUUUAAAACACAGGAAAAUAGGUAACGUUGUGGAAUUUUUACCUCAUAGUAAUGACAUGUUUGGUACCAAACUUAAACAGAAACUACUAGUUUUGAAUUGUACAGUUUUGAUGUUUAAUGCUUUACAAUAAUAUGUGACUUACAGGAGCUUCUAAGAUGGCCACAUAUUCUCACGAGGAAGACCUGAAUCAGUUUUAUUUGUAUCAAAUGACCAUGGCAGGUUUUCAAGUUGGUUUAUAUUUUUACAUGGUUGAUUAUUCAUUUCUUCAUUAAAAAACUGGUAUUACAAAUAACAUUCACGAGGGUUAAGAUCUAGUUUAAACUUUCAUCAAAAUAUAUCAUUUUCCUUCUUGCCAACUUUAUUUGCAUUGUGAAUACAUGAAUAAUACUAAAGAUUGUAUUUGAAUAUGGGUUAUUUGGUUAAGAGAUAUGCCCUUUAAAGCGAGAUCUUCAGAAACCACGUGUGUACUUGUAAAAUGUAGUUUAGCAGUGUGUUGUUUUAAAAUAACAACCUGGAAACUGAAUACUAAAAACUUUGAUAUUCCACUUGCAUGAAACAUGAAAGUCACCUUUUAUAUAGAGUAACAAGAAUUUUGUUGUCUCCAAAAUAGUUUUCAUUUAUAGCAAAGAUGUGUGUGUGUUGACCUGCAUUAGGCUAUACUAGAUAAAGAGAGCAAUUCUUCUCAGUUUAGUUUAUUGACUUCAAUGAUCUGACGUCCACACAGGUACAGCUGUAUCGGAUAUCAUUGAUGCUCUUGGUGGUGAUAACCUCAAUUUUCUUUCUGUCUAAUAAAAACUGGUUCUUACCAAGCUCUUUUGUACAUAAGACAUUUGAAAGUCCUGGCUGGUUCAAUGAGACAGUAAAGCAUUCCAGCCUUGGUUUGUACAUUUAAAUAGUAAAGACCUCAAGCCAUUAUUGGAUAGCCUUGGCUUGUACAAUGAGACAGUAAAGACCUCAAGCCAUUAUUGGAUAGCCUUGGCUUGUACAAUGAGACAGUAAAGACCUCAAGCUAUUAUUGGAUAGCCUUGGCUUGUACAAUGAGACAGUAAAGACCUUCAGCCAUUGUUAGAUAGCCUUGGCUUUUACAUUGAGACAUUAAAGACCUCAAGCCAUUAUUGGAUAGCCUUGGCUUUUACAUUGAGACAGUAAAGACCUCAAGCUAUUAUUGGAUAGCCUUGGCUUUUACAUUGAGACAGUAAAGACCUCAAGCUAUUAUUGGAUAGCCUUGUCUUUUACAUUGAGAAAGUAAAGACCUCAAGCUAUUAUUGGAUAGCCUUGUCUUUUACAUUGAGAAAGUAAAGACCUCAAGCCAUUAUUGGAUAGCCUUGGCUUUUACAUUAAGACAGUAAAGACCUCAAGCCAUUAUUUGAUAUCCUUGGCUUUUACAUUGAGACAGUAAAGACCUCAAGCGAUUAUUUGAUAGCCUUGGCUUUUACAUUGAGACAGUAAAGACUUCAAGCCAUUAUUGGAUAGCCUUUACUUGUACAUUGAGACAGUAAAAACCUCCAGCCAUUGUUUGAUAGCCUUUUGUACUUUCAGACAGUAAAGAAAUUCAUCAAAUACAUAUGAUUCAUAUCUAUAGAAAUCUGUCAAAUGGAUGUGACUCACCUCUAUAGAAGGUCAUUAAAUAAGUUUGGACCAUCUCCAUCAAAUAGGUAUGGUCUGUAUCCAUAGAACUCCAGCAAAUAGGUAUGGUCUGUAUCCAUAGAACUCCAUCAAAUAGGUAUGGUCUGUAUCCAUAGAAAUCUAACAAAUAGGUAUGGUCUGUAUCCAUAGAACUCUAAAAAAUAGGUAUGGUCUGUAUCCAUAGAACUCCAUCAAAUAGGUAUGGUCUGUAUCCAUAGAACUCCAUCAAAUAGGUAUGGUCUGUAUCCAUAGAAAUCUAACAAAUAGGUAUGGUCUGUAUCCAUAGAAAUCUAACAAAUAGGUAUGGAAUAUCUCUACAGAAAUCCAUGAACUAGAUAUGAAUCAUCUCCAUAUAUAUCCAACAAAUAAGUAGUAAUAGAUAUCCAUUAUGACCCUUAUAUUUUAACAACACUAUGGACAUCUGACUUAAUAUUCUCUGAUAUGGUAAAGACAUUAUGGACAUCUGACUUAAUGUUCUCUGAUAUGGUAAAAACAUUAUGGACAUCUGACUUAAUGUUCUCUGAUAUGGUAAAGACAUUAUGGACGUCUAACUUAAUGUUCUCUGAUAUGGUAAAGACAUUAUGGACGUCUGAGUUAAUGUUCUCUGAUAUAGUAAGGCACUAUGGUCAUCUUAGUGUUCUCCAAUAUAGUAAAGACACUAUGGUCAUCUUAGUGUUCUCCAAUAUGAUAAAGACACUGUGGACAUCCUACUGAGUAUUCUCCAAUAUGGUAAAUACACUGUGGACAUCUUACUUAGUGUUCACCAAUGUGGUAAAGACACUAUAGACAUCUUAGUUAGUGUUCUCGAAUAUGGUAGACAUCUUACUUAGCAUUCACCAAUGUGGUAAAAACAUUAUGAACAUCUGACUUAGUGUUCCCCGAUAUAGUAAAGACACAAUGGACAUCUGACUUAGUAUUCUCCAAUGUGGUAAAGACAUUAUGGACAUCUUACUUAGUGUUCUUGAAUAUGGUAGACACUAUAGACAUCUUAGUUAGUGUUCUCCGACUUUGUAACUUUUGUAAUUUACACAGUUUGAAAAGUGUGCUUUCAUAGCAACUAGGAUAUGACAUUUUUUAGCUCUAAUAAGACAAAUAUCGAAUUUAAAUACCUUCUACCAAAAAUAACCCAUUCAUUUUCAUACAAUUGAGUUCCUUGUUCACUGUCUCAAAGAAUGGAGCACGAUUUUUGUUUCAUGGAUUAAAGAAAACUAUGAUCUCUAAGAUUAAUUAAUUAAAUUCUUCAUGAUCAACUAUUAUCUCUAAGAUUAAUUAAUUAAAUUGUUCAUGGAUCAACUAUGAUCUCUAAGAAUUAAUUAAUUAAAUUGUUCAUGGAUCAACUAUGAUCUCUAAGAAUUAAUCAAUUAAAUUGUUCAUGGAUCAACUAUGAUCUCUAAGAUUAAUUAAUUAAAUUGUUCAUGAUCAACUAUGAUAUCUAAGAAUUAACUAAUUAAAUUGUUCAUGGAUCAACUAUGAUCUCUAAGAGUUAAUUAAUUAAAUUGUUCAUGGAUCAACUAUGAUCUCUAAGAUUAAUUAAUUAAAUUCUUCAUGGUCAACUAUGAUCUCUAAGAUUAAUUAAUCAAAUUGUUCAUGAUCAACUAUGAUCUCUAAGAUUAAUUAAUCAAAUUGUUCAUGAUCAACUAUGAUCUUUAAGAUUAAUUAAUUAAAUUGUUGAUGGAUCAACUAUGAUCUCUAAGAUUAAUUAAUUAAAUUUUUCAUGGUCAACUAUGAUAUCUAAGAUUAAUCAAUUAAAUUGUUGAUGGAUCAACUAUGAUCUCUAAGAAUUAAUUAAUUAAAUUGAGACGCCAACCAUUAGGAAACACCUGGCCUGAUCUACAUCUCCAACUUGCAGAUGAAAGUUAUUGAACUGUAAGUUUGUGAUAAACAUGAAAAUUGUUAAACCGAGAGAAUGUUUGUUUUUAAUCGCUGAUUUAAUCUCUGCUUUGCCCGCCACAGGUAUCUAAACCCGGUUUUUAGGGUUAGAAGCUUUCAGUCUUACUGUUGACCCACUGAGGACGCUAUAGUAUGUAAAAUAUACUGAGGUGGUUUGCUCAUUAUAAACAAUCCUGUUAUUUGUUAUUAAAAUAGCAGAAGUUAAGAACCGGUGCUCGAGAUUCAGAACACAAAUUAUAUGUAUUACGACUUUUUGUUGUUUCGAAUAUAUUCAAUGGUAGAAUGUUUAUUUUAUGCAGUUAUACUGUUGGACUGUGAAUUAUGUUAUAAAAGUAAUUAUACAACGG